AUGGACACGCAGGAUCUAGAAUUAGCCGUAUCUCCCGAAGAAAUGUGUCGAACGUGUCUGGCGGCAGUCGAUAAAGCCCAACUAAAACCAAUAUUUUGUAAUGAAAUCUUGGACGGCCGUAUAGUAGCUUUCCCAAGUGUACUGGAAUUGACGACUGGAGAAAAGUUUGUAAAAAACGACAAGCUACCAAAUAACGUUUGCAUGGAGUGCAAGGGGAAGCUACUAGAUUUGUACAUUUUUGUCGGAAUGGUCCGCAAAUCUAGCAAUUUGUUGUAUGAAAUAUUUUCAGUCGAAGCACCCAAUUCUUCUAAAGAUACGAAGUUCGAUACCAGGCACGUGGAAGUACAAACGGAAGAAACAAACGAUUCCAAAGAUACGUUGUUUAAUCUCCAUCGAGCACAAACAAAUGAUAUCGAAACACAUUCGAUAGGAAUACAGUGUGAAGAAACCUUUCCGAUGCCGGUCGAUACCACUGAAAUGUCUUGCCAGACAGAUGAGCAAAUCCAAUUGACCGAACAAUCCCAAACAAACUGUGAACUUGCCAAUGAUGUUGAUGCUAUUAACAUGGCGAUAAUGCCAACCGAGGAAAACACAAAUGCGUCUCUAGAAAACGAUAUUGUGCAGGUAAAUUCCCUAGAAGAUGGCUCACUCAUCAACGACGAUGAUGAUGAACAUGGGUACGAAAUGAUACUGCAAGCUGAGGAGACGAAUGGCGAGGCGGAAUGUUUCACUUUGCGUCCAAUGAAGUCCGAUAAAAAGAAGCUUGUUCUUGAGAUUAGCUAUGGAGCAAGCAAGCAGCAAAAGCUCGAAGAGGCUUUAUCGCCUGGAGUAAAAACUGAACAAAUAUUUUGCAGUUAUUGCAAUUUUACCGAUAGCGUGGAGGCUCUUGAGCAACAUAUGCAAGUGCAUAGGGAAACGCUAGAACUUUGUAUAGAAUCGAUCGACUACUAUCGAUGCUCCAAUUGCUUUACUGUGUCAAUUUCCCAAGCGCACUUUGAGCAGCACUUUAACGUUAGUUGUAAGCGCGUGUCAUUUGAGGAGUAUGUCUACCAUUCAGAUCUGCACAAACAUGAAGCGUUCUAUCUCAACGGGAUGGACAUUUGUGUUCCAAAGCUUAAGACGUUCAAAAAAAUAGAUAACAAGUACAGCUGCGGUAGUUGCGUGAAAUUCACAUCCAGCUGUUUCGAUACUAUGCGGGAGCACGUCCAAAACCACGAGGCAAACGAUGAUAAAGCAGUGGACAUUAAUCUGCUUUGGAAGAACAACCAUUACGAUGAGGUACACGUGUGUGGAAUAUGCCAAGCACAGUUUCCAGACGCAACGUACAUAAGGCAGCACCUUUACUUUCAUCAAGAUUCGUUUUUCUGCAUUUACGAAUGCAAUGUUAUGUUUGUGAGCUUCUUGCGCAUGACUCGUCACUUUCAGCGAAAACACUUGCAAUGGCCAAGCUGCGCGAAGAAAAGUGCAGUGCGAGAAGGGGAACAUCAGUGCAAACAAUGUGGGAAAAUCCUGACGAACACCGAUUCCCUUAAAAAUCAUCUCAAAAAUCAUUUCCGUCCGCGCAAGUACGUUUGCACGGUAUGCAAAAAAUGUUUCACCCAGAAAAGCGACCUAAUGAUACACUGCCGUAUUCACACGGAUGAGCGGCCGUAUUCUUGCAAUUUGUGCAGCAAAAAGUUCCGCACCACCAGCCACCGACGUGACCACAUGUUCACGCACGAGGUGGAGAAUAAAUUUGAGUGCGACAUAUGCCACAAGCUGUUUAAAGCGAAGCGCAUCCUAGCCGGACAUCGGAGAUUACACACCGGGGAGAAACCGCACAGGUGCGAGAUAUGCCCGAAAUCAUUCUCACGGAGGCAACAUCUCAAGUUGCACCAGAAAACGCAUGAUAAACCACAAAGCUCUAAUGUGAAGCAAAUUAAGAGAGCUGGGUAA